AAUUCAUCCUCUCCAUACAAAAACAUGAAAAAAUUUCUUGGAGGCGACUUCAAUCUUGGAGACAUAGACUGGGACAAUAGCGGUUCAACCCAAAAUGCGCGGGAUAAAUUACACUGCAAUAAGCUUCUUGAAAUCUCUACAAACUGUUUCCUCGAACAAAUAAACACAACACCAACACGCCAAGGAAGAAAUUUUGACUUAUUUUUCACCAGUCACCCGGCGCUCAUCCAACGACAUACAGUCUGUCCACCAAUCGGUCUAAGUGAUCAUGACAUCUUAUUUGUAACAACUUUAAUAAAAACAAUUGUAAAUAUAAAACCACCUAGAUCAGUUUUCAAUUAUAAAAAGGCAGAUUGGACUAACAUCAGAACAAAUAUUUAAACAAAUCAAGAUAAAUUUCUAAAUAAUGAAAGUGACCCUGUUGAAGAAAAAUGGAACAAACAGAAAGAUCUUAUAUUUUCGUCAAUGAAUCGUUAAAUUCUGAAGAAAAACAUCAGGGGCAAAAUCGACAUUCCAUGGAUGAACAAAAAGAUAAAACGACUUAUCAAGAAAAAGCGCUCUCUGUACAAUGCGGCCAGAAAAUCCAACAAUCCUGACGACUUUAAUAAAUUCAAGGACUUUAGAAAAAUUGUGAGAAACAAACUACAUACCUCAUAUUACAAUUACAUAAGCAAUCUUCUUGAUCCUGACAAUGGUAAAACAUCAAAAUCCUUUUGGAAAUACACAAAGUUGUGUAAACAAGAUACUGUCACUAUAGGUACAUUGAAAAACAAUGGCCGAAAUGUUUAACAACCAAUUUUGUUCAGUAUUCACUCAAGAACAAUCUGAAGAUCUUCCAGAUAAAGGACCCUUACCAUACAGAUCGAUGCCCAAGAUAAAUGUUACAUUAAAUGGUGUCAUCAAAUGCAUAAACAGGCUCAACCCAAAAAUGUGGACCAGAUAAGAUGCCAAUUUUAAUUUUGAAAGAGUGUGUACAUGAAAUCGCUCCAAUCUUGCUAAAUUUAUUUCAACAAUCUAUUGACACAUCACAAAUACCUUUGGACUGGAAAACGCAAAUAUUGUGCCAAUCUUUAAAAAAGGGGAUCAAACAAAACCAUCAAACUAUCCUCCGAUUCAACCAAUACUGGUAUCAAGGUUACAUCAUUUGGCUGGCUUGUAUGAUGAACAUGAUUUGGUUUAUAUUCAUAAUAACUGUUGUUUCGGCAUCAGUUUUUCCCAAUCUUGACCAUAUUCGUCCCUCAGCCACAUUAGAGGACCAGCGCCAAGCAGCUCAAGAACUGAUACAGAGAAUUCUUGGUCCAAAGUCGAGUAGUUUUCAAGUUGAUAUCGUAGUAAACAAUGAUCAAGAGUAUAGAGACACAUUCAAUUUAAUAUCAGAUGGCAGUAAUGUGACCAUAUCUGCUACCUCUGGUGUUUCCGCGGCAAUGGGUUUCUAUUAUUUCCUGAAGACAAAAUGCGGGUGUCAGUUUACCUGGGCCGGGGAGCAGCUGAGCCUUCCUAGUCCACUUCCUGUGAUCUCCAAACCUGGUAUCACUGUAACAACAAAUGAUAGAUUUCGUUACUACCAAAAUGUGUGCACAUCAAGUUACACUUUUGUGUGGUGGGACUGGGAGAAAUGGCAGCGACAUAUAGACUGGAUGGCAAUGAAUGGUAUUAACCUACCACUUGCAUUUACAGGACAGGAAGCUAUAUUUCAGAGGGUAUACAGAGAACUGGGGUUUACUGAUGAAGAUCUGCAGCAUCACUUUGCUGGACCAGCUUUUCUGGCAUGGGCAAGAAUGGGUAACAUGGAAGGAUGGGGCGGACCGCUACCUCAGACCUGGAUAGAAGACCAGCUUGCCCUUCAGCACAAGAUCCUAGAUCGAAUGAGGGAGCUCGGGAUGACACCAGUAUUACCGGCAUUUGCUGGUCAUGUGCCUAAGGCUAUAACAAGGUUAUAUCCAAAGGUGAAGGUCAGUCAGUUGGAUAAUUGGGGACGUUUCAACAAGACUUACUGCUGCACCUACUUGUUAGAUUUCCAAGAUCCUCUUUUCAAGAAGAUUGGUGCAUCUUUGAUAAGAAAGAUGGAGGAAGAGUUUGGUGUAGAUCAUAUUUACAAUGGUGACACAUUCAAUGAGAUGGUUCCAAUUUCAAAUGAUACGGACUAUGUAAGGGCAGCUGGAAAAGCAGUUUACAGUGCCAUGACUGCUGCAGACCAGAAAGCUGUGUGGUUGAUGCAAGGCUUGCUGUUCCUAUCCGAACCCCAAUUCUGGCAUCCAGAACAAACAAAAGCUUUGUUGACAUCAGUUCCUCAGGGAAGAAUGAUUGUCCUGGAUCUUAUGGCUGUACAGACUCCAGCAUACAAGAGGACAAAGUCAUUUUAUGGACAGCCAUUUAUAUGGUGUAUGUUACACAAUUAUGGAGGCACCAUGAGGCUGUAUGGCGUCAUAGACACUGUUAAUGAGGGACCAUUUACAGCGAGGAAUUACCCCAACAGUUCGAUGAUAGGGAUAGGAUUGACUCCAGAAGGACUUUACCAGAAUGAGGUUAUGUAUGAGUUCAUGAAUGAAAAUGCAUAUGCAAGUAGCCCUAGGAACCUCACAGCAUGGUUCUCAGACUUUGCAAGGAACAGGUAUGGGAAAUAUAACCAAGAUGCUGAUCAGGCGUGGCAGUUAUUAAAGCUGAGUGUAUAUAACUGUACAGAUGGGAUGUUUGAUGAUAAUUCAUAUGUCAUACCAACCAACAGACCAAAUAGUGAUCUACAGUUACCAGAUAUUUGGUAUAACCCAGAACAACUAUACGGUGCCUGGAGUCACAUGGUAAAAGCUUCAGUUGUUCUUGGUAACAGUACACUGUUUAGAUACGAUCUAGUAGAUAUAGCCAGAAACUGCCUACAAGUCAUCUCCACCAAGUUUUAUACUGGGAUGAUUGCAGCUUAUAAGGAAAGGAAUAAAUACAUGUUACAAAAAGCUGGUGACGCCCUUAUUCAGUUGUUCUGGGAUAUGGAAGAAUUGCUGGGCUCUGACAUUCACUUCCUGCUGGGUCCCUGGCUCAGAGAUUCCAGGAAACAUGGACAUACUGUAGCAGAACAAAACUUGAUGGAAUAUAAUGCCAGGAACCAGAUUACAUUAUGGGGACCAACCGGGGAGGUGAGAGACUAUGCAGCAAAGCAGUGGUCUGGACUGAUAUCCAGCUAUUAUGCCAAAAGAUAUCAGUAUUUCUUUGAUGAUCUUCUAGAGUGUGUAGAGAAGAGAAAACCAUUUAACCAGACAAAGUACAAUGAUGAAAUGUUUGAGAAGGUGGAGCAACCUUUCACGUUUGACACAUCACCAUUCCCUGUGCAACCAACUGGAAACUCUGUGAAGAUUGUCAGUGAUUUGUAUCAGAAAUAUCUACCCACAAUGCAGUCUGGUUUUUAUCGCAGUUUGAAGAACUGGUCAAAACAAGGGCAUAAGGAGUAUGCAGAGCUGGCUCAAAGUUGGGUCAAGGUCAAAUGGGAGCAAGAUAGAGUGAAGGACAAAUCCAUCCAUGUAACAAUAUAGGACUAACUACUCAAGAUAAACAUCCUUACUUUAAUCCAAGUUAUUUAUAGUACAAAAGCAGUUUGGCUCAACAUCCUUUAUUUGAUUUUACAAGUACACAUACACUAAAAGGGGGAGAAUAUUAGGAACAACACGUCAGACAAAAGGAAAUUUUAAAUUAAUUUUAUAUAUACUGGUUUUAGAGUGAUAAAAACUUGCUUCAAAAGGUACACAUACAACUCAUUUUCUUUUAAGUUUUGUUUAAUAUGUUAUAACUUAGAAAGGCAUUCAAUUAAAUUUUCAUGUGUUGUUUUGGUGACAGAAAGGCACCCCAUAUAUUGCUUCUUGUUCUUUUUUUGUAUGAAAUCCCUGUGAUUACAAAUUGAAAUCUUUUCUUUACAUGUUUUUAUUGUCUAUUUUAAUACUCAAAAUAUUUUAUACUUGUAUAGAUAUUAAAUAUAUAUUUUAACAUUCCAUUACAUUUGUUAAGUAUGGUAUUUCACACUAUGUUUUGUGUUUGAUUUAUUGCACAUUGAUUUAUGCAGAACUGUGUAAGCGAAACAGUUUUGCCUCACAAAAUUUUGACAAAACAUGGGAGGUAGUUAAUUUUCAUGCAGAAAUGUUUGUGAGUGUUUUUAUACAUGUGAUAAAAGAAAAUGUUUUCAGUCCAGAUUAAUGGAAAAGAUAUUGAAAUGACUGCUUGAGAACUUGAAAUUGCACAUUUUCAACAUUUUAAUAGUAUUAUUAUUCCCAAGUGAUAAAACGUUGCCUAUUUUAUUUAAGUGAGAGAAAGUUAUUUCUAUGGAAGUUGUCAUAUUUCAAAAUAUAGUUUGGCAUAAACUUAUGCAUGACUUUAAAUUUAUGAUUUCCCAUUCACAGAGAUUGCAAAAUUUGUCAGAAUUUCGACUUUACAAAAUUAACCACUUUCACAGUAUAAAAUUUGCUUGCACCCUCUGCUAAUGAGGCCUUGUAAUAAACAUACAGGUGAAGGAAAGAAAAGAAUACUCUCAGUUAUCAGAGGCAAAAUGAAAGUACAAGUGAAUAGACAUCAGUAACAAAUUACACAGUGGAGUUAGGCAAGUGAAUAACCUUCUUAACUCAUCAGUUGGAAGAACAGGUAUAGGUAUUGUGCUCACCCAUGCAUCAGCAUUGGCAUCUUUGUUCUGAUUUGGUUAAGUUUUGCUACAUAAGCUGGUAUCUCCUUAACCACUUCUGGGAAUAGCUUGAAACUUCACACAUUUGUUCACUGGAAUGAUCUGACAUUCAGUGUACAGGCUCAGUAGUUACCAUUUUUGAUUUUUCACGAAGUAAUGCCCAUUUUUCAACUUCUAGUAUUUAUCCAGGUUAGCUAUUAGCAAUGUUAUUGGCUGAAAUAGUUAAAUUCUAUGUAAACAGGACAAACUAAACCAAAGUGAUAUUCUGUUUCAAUGUUAUUAUUGGGGCAAUAAGACAUUUUAAGUUCAGGUUUGGGGAUGUUUAUAUAUCCACCUGUUUGAGUGCAGUUCUAUAUUUAGUGUUCCUGUACCAUAGAAAUAAUGUUCAUCUGAAUAAGCUUAAUCAAGUUUGCUAGAAUUAUUAUGUCUCCCACCACACAGUGGUGUUGGAGACAUAUUGAUUUACUCCUGUCUGUGUGUCUGUCUGUCAGAAAGCUUGUCUGCACUCUAAGUCGAACAUUUCUAACCCGAUCUUCACCAAACUUGAACCAGAUGUGUCUGACCAUAAGACCUCGGCCAAGUUAAAUAACUAGCCAAAUCGGCCCAGGCACUUCAGAAUUAUGGCCCUUGAAUUACCGAAAAAUCCUCGGAGAGCAUGCGCUUUCGCGUACCCAAAACUUACCCUAUACUACUUUUAUUAGUAGUAUAGGGUACGUUUUGGGUGCAAGAAAGCGCAUGCACAAGUAGUAUAGGGUACAUUUUGGGUCCAAGAAAGCGCAGACUGACUUACUAUUUAGAUGAUUAGGCAGUUGUGGGAGACAUGCGCUUUUCUCAAAAGCAUCUCUAGUUUACAGCUUGUCCUGAUAAUAUAUUGUUUUGCUUUUGUGUUUUUGAAUAUGACCUCAAAAUUGGCUGAAGUCUGUGAUUCUCAAAUGUAGCAUGGAGUUUAUAGUUUCUUUAGAACAAGUUUUUGCAGAGUUCACCUGUACAGUAUGAAAGGAUUCAAGUGUGAAAUUAGCUAGAUUAUGAAUAAGUAGCUAUGGAAGUGUGUAUUCUGUACACAUUCUUGUGUUAUUUCAUAGUUCAUAUGUAACAAGUGUGUUUUGUAGAUAUGAGCCGCGCCAUGAGAAAACCAACAUAGUGGGUUUGCGACCAGCAUGGAUCCAGACCAGCCUGCGCAUCCACGCAGUCUGGUCAGGAUCCAUGCUGUUCACUAACAGUUUCUCUAUUUGCAAUAGGCUUUGAAAGCGAACAGCAUGGAUCCUGACCAGACUGCGUGGAUGUGCAGGCUUGUCUGGAUCCAUGCUGGUCGCAAACCCACUAUGUUGGUUUUCUCAUGGCGUGGCUCAGUUAUGAAAGUGCCAUAUUUUUACAUUAAAAUGUAAUUUUUAUUGACUGGUUUGUUUUAUUGACAACCAGUACUUACAGUUAUCUGUAACCCACUGAUGUGCAGCCUUAGUAAUGGUAGGUAUUAUUGUUUCUAUCAUUUUGUUCUUUAAUGGUAAGCCUGCUAAAUUUCUAAAAUGGACUGGUUCAUCAUUCAAUUUGGGCAAUACCAUUUAUUAUUCGAAGGGGUGUUCAUUGAAAAUUUACAGACUGAAUAGCAAGCAUUGCAGACCAAGAUAGAUCAGUCUGCACUUUGCACUGGCCGCAAAGGCAGAAUCACUUGCCGCCAGAAGGCAAAGGUUAAAAUAUAUAGCUUAGCAAAUCUUUAAUGCAUGACAUGGGUUUUUAUUGCAAAUAACUGAAAUGCUAACAGAGUUACAUUUCUGAAAUUUGGCAGUUUAGAUUAUGCAGAUGGUGAAUGUUAAUGAGAAAUUUCAAUAAGGUAUAUUAGAGCUGUAUGAUUUUACAAUUGCACCCAGUAAAUGAAUUUUUAGAAUAUCACACAAAAAAAUUUUUUUGUACGAAUAAAUUUCACUUGAACACAAAACAAAUCAUAACAUGUACAAUAUUACCAUUCUUUUGUCAAAGCUAAAACAAAAAAUAAUUUUUUUUGACAUGAUUUAUAAAAAUAUCUACACCUGUGUCCAUGCAAUGUAGGUCCACCCAUUUAAAGCUUUUAUCUUACACUUUUGAUUAUUACUGUGAAAAUUUUCAUAUACUGGCACUGUAUAGUAGUCUGAUGAAGAAAGUAUGUCAGACAUUGGAUUAUAAUGAAAGAAGGGAAGUACACUAAUAAAUACUCGUCAAAUGUUUAUUUUAUUCGGCCUUUCGAAAGCUUUUUAGGAUGUGUUACCCCCCUUUUGAAAUAUUUUGACCUUGAAAAGUUACUUAGCAGAAGUUUGUCAGAAUCCCAGGUGACUAAGUCAAGGUCACUUUUGGAGGUCAAAGGUCAAAUAGCUUAAGUUUGUGUCUGCUCCAUACUGCCUAAACCCCUUUUAAAAUUUUCAUAGAACUAGCUAUUUACCUCAUCAAGAUCACUGAAACACUGCGAGCUAAUUUAAUUUUGUAGAGAUGGAAUUUUGUGGUUUUGGCAGGCUAUUUUGUUGGAAUAUGAAAUCAUUAAUUCACUUCUGAAAAUAAAAUGGAUGGGAAAUUCA